AUCAUGUUGCUAAGUUCUGCCAAUUCCAAAUGUAUACAAAAGAAAACAAGUAUUUCUGAAGAAGCUUCAAUUGCUGAGAAUUUUGGAUGGCAAAAUCUUGAAGAAACAUGCAUUUCAGUUUCUCUAAAUUCAGGAGAAAUCAGUCAGUGACUGACAGGAGGUUCUGCAUGAUGUGGAUCAAAAAGAUGGUAAAUAAACAAGUGGAGAAGCAGAUUGCAGAACUGCAUAGAGAGCUUUUUCUCAUGAAUCAGGCCCUGAGAGAGGAGAUGGCAGCUGCGCUUCAGGAGCAGCUGAGAGAACUAUCGGUAGAAGAACCAGGCGAGAGACCACUACACUGCAGCAAGCUGGACCGAGUGCUGAGUCUGACAUCAAGGGAAAUGGAGGAAGAACACAAGAGCACUGAUGAAGAUGAAGAGGAUGCUGAGGAAUCACUGAGUCGAAAGACAUUAGCCUUUCCUGAAACUCACCCUGACAGAUACAUUUUCAUAGUGAGGAAAAGCCAGAAAGAGGAAUGCUUAAAGAUUUCAUUAAGCAUUGACUCCAGUGACACUGACUCCAGUGAUGGUGACACGAGUGAAGGUGAAACCAGUGAUGCGUCCAGUGAUGUGCAGACGAACCUAGAGCUAGCUAAAGGCAGGCAGCAGAAAAGUCAAAGCUGUUCCCCAAAUGUCUCUGACACCAGCCAGUCAAUGAAGGAGGAGGACAGAACAAGAAAUCCCUUUCAUUUCAUGUCCAAUGAACGAAGUCAUGAAGAUGAAAAAGACCAUGUAGGUAACAGAAAUGGCAAAGAGCCUUUGUUGAGGGAGAGUGAGUGGAAAGAAUGGUUGGACAUGCAGGAAAUGAAAGGAAACCAUGACAAAACAAAGCCAGAUGAAAGUCAAGAUAAUACAGAAAAAAAGGGAGCAGCGGCAUCUGGUGUGUCAGAGAAACACAAGAAACGAAACAUGAGAGGGGGUGACAUUGUGGAGAAAAUUAAGACAUAUAUCAGUGAUGUUUUUGGCUCUCAUUCAUCAUAUAAGUGGAAGGAGUUUGAAAAUGAGGACUGAGACUGAGCAAAAAAUUUUUGACAUGCUUUAAAAAAAAAACUGAGCGUUCAAUAAAGAAAA